UAAAAAGUCGUGGAGACACGACGGUUAUAUCGAUGAAUGUUUGAUGGCGGACAGCUAACCCCAACAAAGAUCAACUCUGAGUAUCAAAGUCUCUAUUUGCCAGCUUUUUGGUCAGACUACAUUUUUUAUUUCCGUAACCUGGUCAGAGAAUCCGUGUUGCCAUGGAAACUGACGACCAGGCUAAGAACCGGUUCCAGUCCGAACUGGAGUUCGUCCAGUGUCUGGCCAACCCGAACUACCUGAACUUUCUGGCCCAGAGAGGGUUCCUGAGAGACCGACCCUUCAUCAACUACCUCAAGUAUCUCCUGUACUGGAAGGAACCCGAAUAUGCCAAGUUCCUCAAGUACCCUCACUGCCUCCACAUGCUGGAGCUGCUGCAGUACGAACACUUCAGGAAGGAGCUGGUCAACGCUCAGUGCGCCAAGUUCAUCGAUGAGCAGCAGCUGCUGCACUGGCAGCAUUACUCCAGGAAACGCACGCGGCUGCAGCAGGCGCUGGCCGAGCAGCAGCAGGCGCCGCAGCAGCCGCCGCAGCACGGCAACGCCUCCGCCAAAUGACGGACAUCGUCUGUGGACGGACGCUGACCGGGUCAGAACCGGCUGGAGACUUGACUGGGACAGAGCUGCAGCAAGCUGAAGGUUUCCUGGCCUGCUGCAGCAGUUUGUGUUUACUUCAUGUUUCUGUGGCCUUUCUUCUUCUUUUCUAAUAAAAUGUUUGGGUUCGGUUUGUUUCCUGGAGAUGCUGCAGCGCUGGAAACGCGGUCAGACCAACGCUCAGCUCUGUCUGAUGAGAACAGAGAUUCAGUUUAAGACUUUAUCAUCCCGAACAGAAAUAAAGUAUUUUCAUAACUCAGAUCAUCCAAAUAUCUUCAGAGUGAAGCUGAAUGAGUUAUUACAAAAGGAACAAACAUACGUUUAUGACUUCAUUUUGGCCCACAUAAAAGGAAAGAAUUUAUUAUAUCCCUUAACAUUCAAAACAUAAUUUAAAAUGUGAAAAACAAUAAAGUAAAAUGUCUUUUUGAAAUAUGAUCAAUAACAGUAAAUGUGUUUUAUUGGACCUUUAUUGUGAAGGGUUCAGACCGGAAGUUUCUCUGUUACUUCUUGAACGCGGGGAACCAUUCUCUCUGUAACACUCCAGCUUCCGUUAUCUACCUUCCGGUGUUGUGAAGUGAAUCGCGUCCCUGUAGAAACGCGCCUUCCG